AUGGCUGCUACCUUCGGCUCUGUCACGGGCCGUGAUGAAUCGUCCCCGACGCUCCAACCCUUGACCUAUGAUGCUAGACAAAACUCGCGCUCGCCCGCUUCAUCACGGCGAGAUGCGCCUCUCGCCAUACCCGAUUUCGUCUUUCCUACCCAGUCCGCUACCCCCGAUUUCGCUCCCGAUUUCGAAUCACCGAUGCAAGCUUCCGCUUUUGCCAACAACCAAGAGUUCAGCUUUCCUUCACGCGACAAUCUUCCUCACCGGCCAGCCGCCCUGCCUGACUUUAGCUUCAAUCCUGGUGCUUCGAUCCCUCAUUGUCUCCAUUCGCCUGCGCUUCUCAGCCCGCCCACCUCGCCGCAUUCCCCCAACCCCACGCCUUCCUCCAGACCUGUUCGCCAUGGCCACCGUAGAGGUGGCAGCGAGUUUGUAGGCGGAAGCAUACGCGAUGGAAAUUCUAUUGCCGUCAUGAGUACAAGCCCAACCAAGGAAGCCGGCUUCCCCCAGUCGCUGCAGCCUCCGCCACGGCGAAGAGGCCAUAAAAGAGGCUUGUCUGGUGCUAUUUCCACCAACGACCUGCCUAUCCUGCAACCCCCCACCAUGGAUUGGACACCCAAAGGUAGCAGCGCUCCUAACAGCCCAACCAACUUUGACCAAGGAAUAAACGCCACAAUUCCGCUUGCAGACGACUCUACAAUUCUCACUGCUUUGCCCGAACCCGUUCAUCAGCCCCCCUCCCCUGCAGCCCCGGCCCCGGAACCAGACGUGUCCAUCCCGCCCAGCCCCAGACCUGCGAGAACGACAAACAGGGCCCGCGUCGGCUUCUCAGAUACUCUCGAGUUCAUUCCUCGGCCACUGUCUUUGGUGUCUAGUGAUACAUCCAGCACCGUGACCGCGCGACCAGGACACUGCAUGUCUGAGAGCAUCUCUUCUGUUGUUUCCCCUGCUUCGACGAGUGAUGAUCAUAGCCCUUCCGCUCUCUCACGAAGCCCGACUAGAGAGAUGCCGGAAUCGAGACCAUCGACUGCUGGCGCCAUUCUGGAGACUGUUGCUGGCACCGAGCCCGAGCAAACAAACACAUCGCCUAGGCGUCGAAACUCCAUCCCGGCACUGAUUGGCGCUACUGAACCUUCAAUAGCCGACUCAGCAUUGCCGAGCCCAGCAAGAGCUUCGAAACGAUGGUCCUUCUUCGGACUAGAGACCUUCGGCCCCUCGAGCAUGUCAUCGAGAACCCGGCCUAUUAGCUCAAGUUCUUCUGAUUCUGUUUCUCGUACCCACACAGUCUCGUCCUCCGAUCGAGAAUCGGACUCUGACGCUGCCAAUCCCUCAAAAUCAAAACAUAAGAAGAAGAGCAAGAAGUCUCGAACUCGGACUGUGAGGGGUUGGGCAGGCGCAAUUUUGCCCAUCAAGGGCAAGGGAGAGAAACGCAAAUGCAAGCCGAGUGCCGUGCGACCACCCACUCCGCCGCCGUCUGUUACCCCUUUGGACGAGGACGAGGAUGACGAGGACGAUUGCGCUGGACAAGAGACUUUCCCCGCCCUCUCUGCUCACAUUCAACCUCCCCAGUUACCCACAUUAGUGACGCAGCAGCCACGCCGACCAGAUGAGGUCAUGUCACCUAUGAUUGAUCUUGAUGCUGCACUUGGCCCCUUCAACACACCACUGCCACAUAAUCCGGAGUGGGAGGCAGCACAGCGUGCGGCUGGUGGUGCUGGCAGGCGUCGUCUGCACAGUGCUCAGGGGAUGAAGGGCUUUGGGGGUCCUGGUAUGCACUACCAUCGACGAGCCGAAUCGGCGCCUGAUCUGCCACCGUUUGAUGCUGGCCGAGCGGGUAUCAAUCGAUUUAGUAGCAACUCUACAAUGGCUGAUGUCUUUGAGGAGGAAGAGGAGGAAGAUGAUGGUGGCAGCAGUGACGGCGGCAACACCACAGCUACGCCGGGGGUGGACGUCCCUUUAGAGUCCAAGAUCACAAAUGUUUUCUUUAGCGAUAGUGGCUCUGAAACCACCAGCCUUCGUGGUCUUGCUAUGCGGCGAAAGAGCUCGGGACUUAGCGACAAGGACCAGAGCGGCGCUCGCUCUCCCCUACUCGAUGAGCACUGCGUCCUCACAUCCGUCCCCGAGGUCACCCAUGUCUGA